AUGAAUUUUGCGAAACACAAACCAUUCGGACGGUGCCAGAAACCCCAUCCAUGCAUGCAUCCAUGGACGACCGUCCCCCCCCCCACCUUGGCGCAAUGCAGCGCCGCCGCUGACAAGGAGCAAGGAUGUUCGUUCAACGGCAGCUGGCGACGCGAUUCGCCGACCAAGAAAGAGAUGGAGGAAGGGCGUCUCGGCCGCCGUGAGCCAUGGAUGGAUGGACGGAUGGACGAUCCACUGCCGGCCGGCGCAGACGUGCGGGCGUCUGGCGCAUCGUCAAAUCGCACGAGUAUGUCUACGGACAAUGGACGUAUUCACGUACCUGUUCCUCUUCUUGCCGUGCUGCACUGCACGUCAGAGGGCUGA